CCCAACCCGCCCCCCCAGCGGAAAAAAAUGGCUGCUUCGGCGGCAGCGGAGGGUUCGUGUCCCGGCUUAUGCCCUAGCUUUGCUGUGGUCUGUUCGUUUUUGGAUCGCUAUGGGGGUAUGCUGGACCUACCAGAGAUUACCUUUCCACAAUUGGAAAAAGCGCUGCAGGACACGGCGACAGUUAAUAAAACCCUGGUGGAGAUCCAUGUGAAGCUGAUGAGAAAAAUUGGGAAGUCUGUGUCUGCAGAUAGAUGGGAAAAAUACUUGCUCAAGAUGUGCCAGGAUUUCAACAGUACUUGGGCAUGGGAACUGGAGAAGAAGGGCUACCAGGAAAUGAAUGUGGAGAGCAAAGCCGGCAUUCUUAAGUUUCUUUGUGAAUGUCAAUUUGAUGAAAACUUGAAAUUUAAAAAUGUGAUCAAUGAGGAGGAUCCUGAUGCAAUGCGACUACAGCCAAUUGGGCGGGACAAAGAUGGCUUGAUGUAUUGGUUCCAGCUUGACCAGGAGCAUAAUGUGCGCGUUUAUGUAGAAGAGCAAGAUGACCAAGAUGGAUCAUCAUGGAGAUGUAUUGUCAGAACCCGGAAUGAUUUAGCUGAGAUUGUAGAACUUCUUAAAGCUCAGAUUGACCCCUCACUGCUUAAAAAAUCAGAGCAACAGGAAGAAUUAUCAUCUACCAGCCCUAAUCAUGAGGACCAAGAGAUAAAAAAUGAGGAGAAAUUAACUACAAAAUUAGAAGGAGAUUCUUGUGAUGUUAAAGUUGAGAACGUUAAGAAAGAGGCAAAGGAAACAGAAAGCAAACCACCCGUUCUGAAUGCCAGCACAUUUAGUGAAGUGGGAAAAACUGAAAUCAAAGAGGAACAUCUAAAAAAGUGUGAAGAUAUUGCAAAUGAAGAUACCAAGACAAUACUUAAGGAUCAUGGAAAAUCCAUUGUAGAUGAUAACCUCAAAACUUUAAAUACAGCAAUGAAACAAGAUCCUAAAGCCCCAGAUGGUACAAAAUCCUCUGCUAUAAGUUCUACAUCCUCAUUACCUGAGAAGUCAGACGUCUCGAUUAAAAUUGAUCCACCAGAGGAGAUCAAAGAAAAAUCCACAGAAGAAGUGGAGAGAGCCCUUAAAAAUGAUCAGCAAGCCAAAAUUCCAUUAAAGAAGCGAGAACUAAAACUGACUGAAGAUUUUGAUAAUGGUGGAAAAGUUGUUCGAAAUGUGCCUGUUACACCCACAAAAGAGUUGCUGAAAGAUGAAGGAAAAGCAGAAGAAGAAACUGGCCAGCAGACAUCAUUAUCUCUUGCAGGGUUGGAGAAAAAAGAUGGAAAAGAUCUUCUUAACGGUGAAGUUACCACAGUGAAAGAACAUAGUAACCACAGAAUCCGAGAUGAAUCUAUAAACACUGCAGUAUCUCCAAAGGUUAAGGAACAAAAAGAACAAGAGCUUAGUAAAUUAGUCCAAAAGGAUGAAAGUAUUGUUAUGGAGAAAAAUGGGCAAGAAACAUCUGGUCAGAAAACUUUUGUAGAAGCACACAAAAGUCAAGAGACAAGUGUUAUCAAGAGCAACUGUUCAAAGCUGGAAAAAACUGCUGAGCCUAAUGUAGAAAGGGAUCUUGGAAAGAAAGUUGAUAGUGCCGCUGUCGGAAACUCAUCUCUGCAGAAAGAAAGUGAGGAGCAGUUCAAGGGCAUCACGUAUUCUUCAGCCAAGUCAGAUUCAGUUGAACAGCCAAAGAUUGCUCAGGAAGAAAAAAAUGAAACUAUUAAUGUAGAUUCAAGAAAAGAUAUUCACAAAUCUAAGAAAGACAUGUUAGGGCAUGCAAAUACGAAUGCCCCAGAAAAAAUGACAAAUGCGGAUAGUGAGAAAGAGCUUAAAAAGUCUAAAGAGGCAGGAGUAACAGAAGUCAUUGUUAUUAAUGAUGCAGUAUCUGAGACUUCAGAGGGAAAAAAUGAUAGUGGCACGUUGGAAAAAGAAUCUAGUAAGGUGCAAAAAGAUACACCUGACUCUUCACAGUCAAAAAAAAAUCAGAAAAGAGUUGCUCGACUCACACGGCAGACUGCCAAGGCUGUUGCAGAGGCUUUGGCAGGAGAAGCUGAAGGACCUAAAAAGGAUGAAAGUACCAAAGAUGCUGAAGAUUCUAACAGUAAUGAAGUAUCAUCAGAGAUCCAAAAGGAAGGUAUCAGGCUAAAGAUCAAAAUACCAGCCAACAAAAGGAAGAGUAAUGAUCAGAUAGAGGAAAAGAAACCGGAAGUAAAAGUAGAAUUACCAGAUGUGAGGUCUCUAAGGCGAUCGCCUAGAAUAUGUAGACCUACACCAAAGGUAGCAGAAAUUCGUGAAAAGAAAGUGGAAAAAAAACAAGCAUCAAUGAAAGAUCAAGAAGAUGAGGAAGAAGAUGAAGAGCAGGAGGAUGAUGCUAAGGCUUCUUCACGGAAAAAAGAAAGAGAAACAAAAAAAGUGGACCAAGACGCACAAUCUAAAGCAAAGGGUAGGUCCCGUCGUCUUCGGCGUCCUAGGUGGACUGGAUAUCGCUGGCAGAGUCGGAAAGCACAAGGCUCAAGUGACGAGGAAGAGGAAAGUGAAGAAGAUGACAGUGAUGAAGAUUACAAAGUUGAGAAGGAUAAGGAUAGAGGCAAAGAUGAUUCUGCUGAUGAAGAGGAAGAAACGCCAAAUGAUGAUCCUUGCAAGCAUUGUGGUCUCUCUAAUCACCCAGAACUGAUUCUACUCUGUGAUUCCUGUGAUAGUGGCUACCAUACUGCAUGCUUACGACCACCUCUGAUGAUUAUUCCAGAUGGAGAAUGGUUUUGUCCACCUUGUCAACAUAAACUUCUGUGUGAGAAACUGGAGCAGCAGCUACAGGACUUAGAUAUUGUUCUGAAGAAGAAAGAACGAGCAGAGCGGAGACGUGAACGCUUGGUGUACGUGGGUAUCAGCGUUGAAAACAUCAUCCCACCUCCCGUAAGUAACACGGACUUGGAUACUAAUGGCCGUAAAGCUUUUAGCCCACACACACUCAAGGAACCAGAAGUAGAAGAUUGGAGGGAAGAAAAGAAAAAAGAAUCUAAGAAAUGUAAAACUCUGGAAAGGAGGUCAACAAGAGCUAGAAAAUUUAUCAGCUACAGAUUUGAUGAAUUUGACGAGGCAAUUGAUGAAGCAAUAGAAGAAGAUAUCAAAGAAGCUGAAGGAGGAGGUGCCGGUCGUGGGAAGGAUAUGUCAAACAUUACAGGACACCGUGGAAAGGACAUUUCUACUAUUCUGAAGGAGGAAAGCAAAGAAAAUCAGCGGCCACAGCGGGCUGCAGCUCUACGAAGAAAGAAGCGCAGAAGGCUCAAUGAUCUCGAUAGUGACAGCACAGUGGACGAAGAUGAAAGUGAUGAGUUUCGGGUCAGUGAAAGUAGUGAAGAGGAAGAGUUUGUGGUAUCUGAGGAUGGCGAGAGUGAUGGCGACAUGCCCUCAAAUGAUGAUGACAGUGAUUUUGGGCUUCGUACUAGAAGGACCCGUCCAAGACAAGCAAAGGUCAGAAGGCCAAGCAGACAAUUACGACGAAGGCGGAGCAAAAGGGAACUCUCCGAUGAUGAUGAGGAUGAAGAAACAACAUCAGGAGGAGAAGAGGAGGAGGAAGAGGAAGACGACGAUGAUGAUGAAAUAACAGAGAGAUCAAGUGAGUACAGUGAUCAUGAUCUGGACCUCCGCAGGCGGCGGUCUUGUAGAAGCCAGAAAAAAGAAGUAAACUACUGUGAGACAUCAGAAACUGAAGGGUCCCAGAAGAGCUUUGGUAGCCGAAGGGACAAGGCACGAAUGCAUCGCCGAUUUAUUUCCAGCUCUGACAGUGAAGGGAGCUUCCGAACCAAAGAUUCAGAAGAAGAGAAUAUUGACUCAAGACAAUAUAGACCGCUACUAAAACAAAAAAGGAGGAAAACUGAUGAGGAGGAAGAGGAGGACAGACCUGUCCGCAAAAGGUUGAACCGAAUAGAGACUGAUGAGGAUGAGGAGGAUGGAGAGAAAGAAGCUUCCAAGAGAAAAAAAUCACCAAUAACAGCAAUCAUCAAGGUGGAAGAGGACCUUGUAGAUCGAGGGGAGUUACCUUUAGACUAUACCUUAGUAGAGCUACCAUCAACCAAUGGACAAAGCCCAGGAAAAAGUCUAGAAAGCUUGCUCCCCAGGCCUGGAACCACUUUAGGUGGUGUCUCAACUAGUGGUGCAUCUAAAAACAGUACCUUGGCUUGCAGCACAGCUUCAAAUCUAGCACCAAAUGGCACUGCCGGACAGGAAGCUCCUCCACAGGAUGAAGAUGAUGACGACCUUUUUGGAGUGACAGAUCUUGUAGACUAUGUUUGUAAUAGUGAACAGCUGUGAGAUAUUGGCUUUUCCCCUCCUCUUCCUCUUAUGUACUUCCAAAUUUAGGAGCUAAUUUAUUCCAUAGUAAUUGCUCCUUGGAAAGGAUUGGAGUAGUAGGGUGGAUUUUGGGCUUAAGGGUUAGGGAGGGUAGGUGGGUUUUUUCCACUUCUCUCUACAUAAAAAAUACCCAACUCUUUCAUUGAAUAGAUUCUUCACAUUCGUCACCCUUGCCCUCUCUCCUCAUAGAAAAGACUAAUUUGUUUUUUUUGGUUGCUGUAUUCCCCCCCACCCCCACCCCCCUUGGAACAAAGAUACUAUAGAUUCCCAUUGUUGUAUAUUCUUUCUCUUCCUUUCUCUCUGUCGUAUCUUCUUUAAAGGGUCUUUUUCACAGUCAGAAGAUUUGUAUAUUUUCUAAGAUAAAAUAUAUAUUUGGCACUAAAUGUGUGUGUUAAGGAAAAAAAUUAGCGCAAAUCAUUCCAGACUCCUUGGGACUUUUGGAAUUUUAUGAACGUGAUGAACAGGACACUGUGUGUUUUUAUUUGAUAGGUAUUUGUUUGACUUUUCAUUUCCAGACUUUUAUAACAUGUUAAAUAUUCUUAAUAAUUUUUACCCUAUUAAGCAGUGGGUACUUUGACAGUUUUGUUAAAAGGUCUACAUAGAUCUACAUUACACAAUUUAUCCCAGAUCCCAUUGCGGGUAUUUUCUUGAAUCCCUUUAAGUUUCCUCAUUUGAAGCUUGUGUGGUUCGCAUAUCUUUCAGAGCACCACCACUUAUACUAUCAAAUCCCCCCCAGAUACCAGAUCGAUUGUGUAUGUAUGCUGUUGGUAGUUAAAUGUUCCACUAAAAUGUGGACGCAGAAUUGCACUUAUUUGUACAUAAUUCAAAAAGUACAACAAAUCUUUGGUCAUAGUGAAUAAAUAUUUCUGAUCUGUUCCACAGUAAUCACUUUCCAGGCAUCCAACUGCAAUUUUCGUUCCACUCAGGCGUGAAAUUUUCUGAGUCUCUUUGACCAGGUCACAAGACAACAAUAGUUAUACAGGUGAAGAGCUACAAAGCUGCUUGUCAAUAUCAUUUUAUAUAAUUUUAUUAUUCCUAAAUCCCUCAUCUCCUUUUUAAAGAUUUAAUUUUACAUGUAUUACACAUUAUUUAUUUUAACACUAGAAAUUUGACUUAAAAACUAUUAGACUCACUUGAAGCAUUAGCAGUUAAAAAAUAAAAUUAAUUAUACUGUAUGCAUUUUUUGGUGCAAAGUAAGCAUCAAAUUUGAAGACAAACCCUUUUAGGCAAAUAAAAUACAAUCAAAUGACCACAAAUUCCAUUUUAACCUAGAACCUCAUUAUUGCUUAUCACAGCAUAGCGUUGUGGGAGCUUCAGUAUUCGGAUAGAACAGCCGGACAAUUUCUUGUAUAAAGUGGUACCUUGAAAAUGUAGUAUUAUGAGCGCUAGGUUUAUACAGAAACUGUAGUAGUAAGCUCUUAAUGGCCUGUAUCCUUUGUUUUGUUGUUUUGUUUAUUUUGUGUGGAUUUUCUGUGUGAGAGUGAAUGUGUGUUCUUAUUUUUAUUCAGUGCCAGUAAAAUUAAUCAUUUCAUUACAGGAAUAAGACUGCUGCUUCUUUUUUGGAAUAUUUAUAUUUGAACAUAUUCGUAUGUCUUUUAAAAUAAAAUGUUUAUAUUUCUAUUUUCCCUUUAAUAAAUGGAAACUCUUUCACUUAAAAGUAAAAUCAACUUUUAGACAUAUAAUAUAGACACCCCUUUUCUUAGCUAGAGUUAUAAAUUCCUUGAAAAUGGUUGUAUUUGCUAAUCUGAAACUGGAAGAGGUCAUUGAAUUAUUUGUUUUUGUUUAGUUUAUUUAAAAUUUAUUGAGUGGGUUUGGCAGUGUUGGGAGCAACCGAAAAAAUGCUAAAACAAAUCACAUAAGGGACUUGAUGAUGCUGACCCAUUCAAAUUGUAGUUGUUUCCAUCUCUUUUUAAAACUAUUUUCCUAAAAAGGAAUUUGUUUAAGAUAUCCUCUGAAUUUACCUUAAGAAUUGUUCUUGGAGACAGUUUAACUUAGCGAUUUGAGCAUUUUAAUGCACCUGCACAGAGCAUAAGCUACUGGUUUGGGCUGAAAGUAAUUUCUGUAAAUGUUAUGUAUAUGUAUUGCUUAUGAGGUAACAUAUAUAUGUUGAUUUUUUU